AAGUCUUCCUGUUUUGAAUUUUUCACAAAAAGACUUACCGAGUCAACCGACUCGGUUGACUCAUAGCUAGUUAGGGGGCCUGUUCUUUGUAACCUCUUUGUUUCUUUAGAACUGUACUGAAGAUGAGUUGAAACAAGAAAUAACAAGACUCCAUGAAGACAAAAACAGAUAUGAAAUGGCUGCCAAAGUAUGGUUACUGUUUAAAACAUUUUCCAAGCAUCUUCAAACUAAUUACUAAUUCACCGCUAAUUAUUUCUAAUUGUCGAAUACAAUCAAUGACUUUUUUUCAGGAAGGGUUACGGAGAAUUACGCAAGAAAAGUUACAAGCCAUUGAGAAAAUUUCUCAGCUUGAGGUCAGGGCACGUUUACUGUCAUAUUUCAGGGAUGGAUUUACUGGGGGUGGGGGGUGCACCCCCCCCCCCCCUUAGCCCUGGGCAGAGGGGGGCAGGGGGAAUGCUAUUUUUCAUGAUAAAGCAAAAACUCAUUAGAGACAACAUGAGAUACAGUGAUUUGAGUAAUAACAUGAUGAUAAGCGAACUGUGAACAACAAUUACAAUUCAAAUACUGUAGUCAAGCAAGACUUUGCAGUAGUCAAGCAAGUUGAUGGGUGGGCGGCACCAGGGCGCAGUAAAACACUGUUUUACUGCGCCCUGGCGGCACACAUGACCAACACAACUCUGUACCAGAGCUGGCAGAGAACCCAUCAGAUCAUGCUAGAUCCAUCCCAUUAAUAUAUUAGUUUUCCCUGCAGUUCAAUAUAUUUACGGAAUGUGUGUGUGUAAUUUCUAGAAAUCAUACAGCAAUGCCGAAGACGAGUGCAGUCAUUAUCAAUCGCUUUAUGAAAGAGCCCAACACGAACUGGAGGAUUUAGCUGCAAACCAUAGACAGGUACUGUGUAAAGAGGCCAUGGUUUAAAUAUUUUAUUUAUAUUAAGUUGUUAGUGUAGCUACUAGCUUGUUAUGUUCUUAACAUUACUUAAAAUUGAAACCGUGUUUUCAUUAUUUUUAUUGCAUUUAUCGCGAUAUUAUCAAAUAUUGUGCGUGAUAAUUUCCUAGACGAUAAUCAUGAUAUGAUGUUUUUUUUAAAUACCGUCCAAUUCUAAGUGAGAGAUGAAUAUUGAAUAUGCUGAUCUCGAAGACAGAGUGUAUGUACAUUUUAUAUUUUUACAUUCAUUAGAGGCUAGAAGAUAUGAAAUCCCUCCGAGACCAACUUGACAAAUCAGAACGAAGACAUGUUGCUCUUGAUGAGCAGGUACUCUACAUACUUUGUGUAUUUGGUGUUGAAGAUAAAUAUCUAUGAAUGAACUUGUGAAGGAUGAGACUCAAAAUGCGGCUAGGUUUACUAAACCGUAUGUAGACAACGCCUUGAUAUAAACCAAUCUUUUACUCGUAUAUACUGUAUUUCGUUGCCCUUCGACAGUACUGUACGUAAAACUAUACAAAGAAUAAACUAUAUUGUCUGCAUACACGAAACUACAGAACCACCACAUACUAAAUAUUAACUAAAUAAAAUAACAACGCUCUGUCCCCGCAUAUUCUUAAAUGUUAAGCCAGUAUAAUAAUAUCUAAUAUUAGUAUAAUUACAUAGGUGAUUAUUGAAAAUUCUCCACGCUGAUUGGUUGCCGUUGAGGUGAUUAUUACGCGAUAAUCACCUAAGCGAUUUUCAAAAUGGCGGCCGAAGCCGUUUUGUCAAUUAAAUGACGAAGAAAUGUGUAUUUUUUUAUUUUUUCCAUAUAAUCACCUAUGAAAUUAUACUAAAAAAAUUAUUCACCUCAGGCUCGGUGAUUAUCGUGAAUAAAAACCUCGACUUCGUCUCGGUUUUUAUUCACCGAUAAUCACCUCGCCUUCGGCGAAUAAUUGUUAACUAUCCAAUGUUCUAUAUCUUACUUGUUUUUUUAUUUUUUAUUGAUUAAUAAAUAUUGGACUACAUCUAUAUCUCAUUUAUUUAUAUAUCCCUUACCACAAAUUAGAAAACCUUGAAAGUUCUGCUCGUUAUAAUCUUAGGAAGAAUCUUAGGGCGCUUUCCAUUUAAUGACCUGACCGGUGAGAUCCGAAUUCUCUUCUCUGUAUCAAUGGAAAGAUCUGGUCUAUGUUUCUCAAAUAUCUAGCGAAAAUGGACCUCAUUCUAAUGUUAUCUAAAUUUUCCGUCCAGAUACAUGUACAGCAGGUCUGAAGCCCAAAUGUUUUGUGUUCCAUUCAAAAACUUGACUGGUCGGUCUGGCCGUAUUAAUGGCAAGCGCCCUUAUUUUAUUUUGUGUUUCAGAUGACCAAGGAACGCGAGAGUACGAAUGAAAAGUUAAAUAUCUCUUCGAAGAAAGAAGUGGAAUAUAUAUCUCGGGUAAAAAUUAAAAAGAUGUUUGCUUUGACUAGUUCUUUGCGUGGUUCUUUGUUUGUCAUUGCUCAUAGGACGAACAAGAAUGUUCUCUUUUCUCAUUGUUAUUUCAUUUUCCUAAUAUAUAGUUAGAAUCACUGCAAGCUGAAUGCGAUUUUCGUAAAGAACAAUUGGUAGCAAUGCGAGGUUGGUCCUUUUUUAUAUGUGCAUAAAUUUUUAGUGUGGGGAUAACUAUUGUCAUCUUGGGGACCGCGGGGGGAGGGGUGGUACUGAAGACAAAUGCAAAAGUCAAAGAAAAUAUGAGAUCCAACCAUAAAAAAGUCAAACAAAAUUUUACCCAACCUUAAAUAUUAAAUAAAAAAUAAAUACCCACCGCUGGCCAAGUUUGUUAACUGAUUGUGCAAUUUUCUGCAGUCUAAAGUUUCAUGUUGUCUGCACUUGUACUUUCUUUGGAGACACCAUUUGCCUCUUGGCAAAUCGGAAAACGAUCAAGAUAGUGACUCUAAUUGACCUUUUCCCUUUUGAGUGAAAUUUUGAUCUAGACAAGUCUGGACAAAGGUCGGAUAAUAUAGCCUUGCGAAGUUUGCCGUUUUUCAGUCAUUUGGAAUUACAAACGGGAAAUUGAUAAUCAGAUGAUCAAACUGAUGCUAAAUGUUAGAUUGUAAUGCAAAAUGACUGAAAAACGGCAAACUUCGCAAGGCUAUAUUAUUAUCCGCAUUUUACAACAUUUCGCAGCGAAACUUUUUUAUAUGUAAGUUCGUGUGAGCCUCCUUGAUAAACCUAUGGCUUUUGAGGCAAACAUUUUAAUAAAGUUUAUAUAAAAAAAAACCAAAAAAAAACUUCGGAAUAUUACUAAUUUUGUGAUGCUCUUUCAAGCUGUGAUGAAAUUGUUGCCCAGACAUAUCUAGAUCAAAAUUUCACUCAUAAGGGGAAAGGUCUAUUGCCUAGUGUUCACAUUGCUUUUUAGUCUUCAAUAUUUGAGUGAGUCAUGCUUUGGAAAUGACAAUAAAUUUUUAUUACCCAACCCUUGAGUUGUUUUGUUUUUCAUUUACCCAACCUUUUACUCACUCAAGAAUAAUGUCCUCUCCCUUAUAACGCAAAUGGCAUGAUUUUUUAGCUCAAAUGGAGAAACGACAGAAAGAAGCAUCGAAGAAGAAAAUUAAUCAAAACCAUGAACAAGAUUUCGAAAAAGGUACGAGAAUAAGACAGGGCCAAAAAAAAAAUAUGUGGGUUUCCGGUUUCCCGACCCUACCUAGCUUUUGGACGUCGAAAUCCCGACCCUAAACUUUUUUAUUGGAUCAUCUUGUAAGUGUUUCCACUUAGAGGAAAAAGUUUGUGGAAAAUUGAAAUUUGAGGCAAUAUUAGGGAAAUUUAUCUUUGGAUGUGGAAGCACUGACUAAACAAAAUGGCGUCCGCUUGUUCGGAAAAUUAAAAAAAAAGUUUAAAAAAAAAAGUUAAAACCGACCUACCCUACCUAUGUUUUUAUAAGAAGAAACCGGAAACCCACAUAUUUUUUUUUUUGGCCCAGAGCAAUCUUUCUUCCUUGUUGUACAUGUACAUGGUAUGUCCCCAGGCCUACAUGGUACACUUGCGGUAAUGAGGAAAUAUUUUUUUUACUGUAGAAAAUCCAGGAGACUUAUCGCUUGUCGAAGAAACGAUACAAGUACUGAAAGGUAAUUCGGUUUUUUAAAGUGCCUAUGACACGAAAUUUCACCCCAAAUGUUUAUGGUUGCAUUGUAAAGAUCACUUAAAAUGACUUAAUAAUUUCUUUUAUAGAAUUUUGGUAACUUGCUUCCUUUGCAAGAUAUUCAACUUUGUUUCAUAUGCAAAUAUCACCGGUGUGACAUCACAUCGCAUAAUGACAUUUUGAAAACGCAAUAUUUUACCUUGAUAAAAUAUUUUUACAAACAAAUACAGUGUGUUAAUUAAUUACCAGUUAUGAAACUAAUACAUAUACAAGGGCAAUUUUUAAGUUUUUUAGAUACGUAUUCGUCAAGAAAACCGGUGAUAUUUGCAUAUGAAACAAAGUUGAAUAUCUUGAAAAGGGAGCAAGUUACCAAAAUUCUAUAAAAGAAAUUAUUAAGUCAUUUUAAGUUAUCUUUGCAAUGCAACCAUAAACCUUUGGGGUGAAAUUUCGUGUCAUAGGCACUUUAAGUAAAGUAGAAAAUUUCAAUAUUUCCGAAUACAUUUUGCAAUAUUUACCGACCAGAUUUAAUAAGUGUCGUACUCAAGACGUAAAUUCAUCAAAUAAUACCAUCAAAAACUUAAAAUUUUUGAGAGAAUUUUCUUCGAACAGUCGUGUUGUCAGCUUACUUGAUUUCCAUUCAUUGAAUAUUAUUGAAAAUAAUGAGUUUGAGCAUAUUAGCGGACACUCAAUUUUGACAAUAUGCAACAUAACUCAAGAAACGUUCUUCGGUGCCCGGUCCCCUGUCGCAAUUUGCAAGCUUCAAGCGAAGUGGGCAAGUUUGGACCACGCAAGGCUAACUGCAAAUUUUUUUGGGCUACCCGGUAGACACUGUACUGUCAUGGUAAAGACACAAACGAUGGCUGCUUAAUGAUGUAGAAUACUACCUACACUGCAUUGACUUGCAUACUUAAACAUCGUCAAAUUGCGUGUACCGUAAUCUCAACUAUUUUAUAGAGAAACUACAGCGGUUACAAGACGAAUCUAAAACGAAGCAAGAAGCUGUGAAUCAAAUCAAAGGUAACUUUACACAGGGCUGGAUUUUUCUGUAAUUUAAUGGGGAGCUUAAGCAUGUAGGACGGCAACACGACGAUGACGGCAACCAAUACAAUUAGUCGAUGAAAAUAAAUAAAUAAAUAAAGUCCCCAGGGAAGAUUCAGACGUAGUCGUCGCUCUGUUUACAACGGCAAAUCACAGAUUUUCACGUCUUUUAGACAACGCCUGCAUUUCAAGCCGCAACAAGUGCAACUUAAAAUUCGGUUCAGUAGAACUCUUCCCAAACAUAAAGCCAAUGUUUUCAGCAUCUUAUACUGUAUUAAAUUCAUACGAAUUAUAAUAUACGACAAGUUUUCUUUACUAUCAUUUAUGUGAAGGAAUUUGUUUUGGCCGUCGUCGUGGUGUUACCGUCCUACAUGCUUAAGCUCCCUAAUGCUGGGGAGGUGGGGGAGUUUAGGGGCGUCUUUACGACGUGUCCCUCUAAAGUUAAUGUACAGGUUCGAGCAUUGGGCUGGUAUUCCAAAGGUCGUAGGUUCGAUUCCCACCGUGGUCAGGCAUAUUUUUCAAGCUUGCCCGCGGUGUGGAUAUACACUCAGAGUAACAUCACAAACAUAACAUCACAAUUGUUGUAAAGAUAAAACUGAGUAUAAGCUAAGUAUGUAAUUAGGUAAGCGUGUAAUACUUGAUGUAAAGCGCAUUUCAUAUCCACAUGGAAAUUUGCGCUAUAGAAAUGCUAUAGUCGUAAUUGUAGCGGGCUCUAUAUAUUAAGCAAUUAUUGGAUGAGGCUGAGCAUGAUAUCAAGAAUUAUUCUUGAUAUCAUGCGAAAGCCGAAUCCAAUAAUUGUUUUAUUAUACAUUUAAAGACAUGAGAAACGUAUAAAACGAUUCCUGUUCAUGAGGUAGGAAAAGUACAAUUUGAAUAUCAAACACCUUGCAUCAUGCCUGUAGAAAGUAGGAAGUUAUGGAGCGACGCUACCUCCAAAGUAUAAAGGGCCAACUCCAACCAAAAUAUACACUUGAAUAACUUGUGGAAUUCAAAACGUAUGAGUUGAAAUAUGAAUUGUGGAGUUACUGGCAAACUCCAAAAAUCGUUUGGAGCUAGGUAUAACUCCAAAUUUGGCAGCUAAGCAUCAUUUAGGUGCUAAGCAUCUAAGCCUGGAGUUACUGGCUAACUCCAAAAAUCAUUUGGAGCUAAGAAUAACUCCAAAAAUCAUGAAAAAACUACUAGGUACCUAAGCCUUGAGUUACUGUCUAACUCCAAAAAGUAUUGUGUAGCGAGGCAAGCCAGCCUAGCCGCUAGGUAUGUAUAAAGCUUGAAGUUACUUGCUGUGUUGCUAAUUCCAAAAAUCAUUUUGGAGCUUGUUAUCUAAGCCCGGAGUUACUGUAUAACUAGAAUAACUGCAAGAAUGCACUCUCAGAAUGCACUUCUAUACUUGGCACACUUGGCAUUGUGUUGUCGUUCAGAGGCUAAAUUUUGAUCUGCAGUUGCGGCAAAUGCAGCGCAACUGCCGAUCGUACCUGCUACCCUUGUCAUGCUCUGUUGAUCGCGUGUAAGACGGGCUCUGGGUACGAGAAUGUGGCAUAGUCUAGCUCCAUUUAAAGAUUGGCUACCUCCACAACAAUAAAAUCUACAGGUAUGCCUUGCAUAAAGUCAAAGGUCAGCUAAAUAUUCUACUUCUAUUUACCCCUUUGUGGCUUUUUUUGUGCUUUUACUAUCCUUAUCUGCCAAUAAUUUGGAGAGUUCACUUUCAUUCAGCGAAGCAAAUCUGCUGUAGACCAUUGUUUGUUUUUUGUUUGUUUUUCGCGCGCUUAUAGAUUCAAGCUUUUGGCCGCGCAAAGGUUUGGGCACGAGAGAGUCCAAUAAUAUUUUUUUUGGAUGCAAGUUCGAUCCAAAAAAACAAUUAUUGGACGCUGAUGACGUCAUCGGCGGAAAAUACGUAAUAAAUGCCGAAUAUUGAAAAUUAGCCGGUGCUUUCUGACCAAUUAGAAACGAGAAUACAUAUAUAUUAAAUGUAUAAUAAAACUGAGUAAAAAAAAAAAAAACUGAAAAUCAUCUUUGCGAUUGCCAAAUGCCUGAUGUUAUUUCUUGCAGCGAAACUUGAUGAGUACGACAACGGAGAAGUGAAGGCCGACGACACGGAACUUCCAUCCUUGAAAAGUAUGGCAAAACAUGCAAUAUCUGCGUAAACAGUAACGCUAUAUUAAACACGUAAUACUGUAUAUUGAAAGUGGUCUUUUUUGGAUGUGAUCCUUCAAUAUUCAUUCUUUUUUGGAUGCGAUUCUUAGCACGUUAUUGACUGCCGUUGUUUGUGUCGCAUUUGUAUAUAGAUGAGCUUCUCAACUCCGAACAGGAUUUGAAACAUACUCGCGGAAAAAUCGAAGAACUAGAAGGUAAAGCCUGAUUCACAACAGCAAUGGACCUAUUCCCUUAUAAUGAACAAAAUUUUGAUCUAGACAAGUCUGGACAAAAAUUUCACCACAGCUUGAAAGAGCAUCACAAAAUUAGUAAUAUUCCAAAGUUUCGUUGCGAAAUGUUGUAAAAUGCGGAUAAUACAGCCUUGCGAAGUUUGCCGUUUUUCAGUCAUUUUGUAUUACGCGCGGGAAAUUGAUACCGCUUUCUGAAAAAAGGUAUCAAUUUCCCGUGCGUAAUACCACUUUAUUAACUGUGGUAAUACAAAAUGACUGAAAAACGGCAAACUUCGCAGGGCUAUAUUAUCCGCAUUUUACAACAUUUCGAAACGAAACUUUGGAAUAUUACUAAUUUUGUGAUGCUCUUUCAAGCUGUGAUGAAAUGUUUAUCUAGACUUGUUUAGAUCUAAAUUUUGUUCAUUAGGGAAUAGGUCCAUUCUGUCGGCGAUUUUUCUCCUUCUGGCAGAUGUGAUCGAAUGAAAGACAUGCAAAAGUCUUAGAAUUGUUUACUUCUGAAAAGCGACUCCAUAUACUUUUAUGUGCGAGUUCACUCAUUUGCAUCCGUCAGAAACACAAAAUCGCCGACAAAAUUGUUAGUGCGAACCAUAACACUUUGUAUAAACAAAUGUAAUUUUUAUACCUAACGAUUUAACUGCCCGUUUCUACUUUUGUAUUGCGUGCGGAAAUUGCUACCAUUUUCAGCCCAAAUGUGGUAGCAAUUUCCGCACGCAAUACGAAAGUAUACAAAAUUUGCGAACUUUGCAAGGCUAUAUUUUCCGCGUUUUACAACAUUUCGCAACCAAACUUUGCAAUUUUACUAAUUUUAGUAAGCUCUUUCUAGCUGUGGUGAUUUAUUUGCAUCUCUUUGCCUAGUUUUAAAAUUAGUCUAUAAUGGGAAUUCUCUAUUGAGCUUAGCUCUCUUGCAGCUGCAAGUAAGCAUAAUUAGGCGUAAAGAAAAAAUACCUGUGGUUCCGGUUCCCAACUGACCCUAUAUUUUUUUCUGCCUACACUAUUAUUUUUUCAACGCGAUUGACCGUGCGACCCUAUUUUCUCCGGGUGGUUGCGGGCUGCUGCCAAAAUGACGUCUGUUGUCACACUAAUUAUUGAAAAAACCAUGAAAAAGAUAUUCAAAAAUAUAUAUAUUUCCGACCUGCCGACCCUAAUUUUUUCGCGAGAUGAAACCGGAACCACAGGUAUUUUUUACGCCUUAGCAACCCCCAGUGCCCACUUACUCAAAGCAACUAUACUUAAAGUAGGACACCAGUAACUAGGCAUGUUGGUUGUCCAAAAUUGUGAAAUGGUAGCGACGAUGUGAACAAAUUAACAGUGUAUGUUCUUCUCUCGCUUUUUAGAGCAAUUAAUGUAUUGCCAUCUCAAAGCAGUGGACGAGCUGAAUGACAGCGACCAUAGCAGUAAUAGUCUUAUAGGUAAGAAAUAAUCGAAUAUAGUAUCAAACAAGAAGAUAAUUAGUUCUCUCAAGUUAGAUGAUACACAAACUUCUGGUUAGAGCUCGACAACUGUCUCUCUGUAGCUCAGUUGGUUAGAUCUCGACAACUGUCUCUCUGUAGCUCAGUUGGUUAGAGCUCGACAACUGUCUCUCUGUAGCUCAGUUGGUUAGAUCUCGACAACUGUCUCUCUGUAGCUCAGUUGGUUAGAUCUCGACAACUGUCUCUCUGUAGCUCAGUUGGUUAGAUCUCGACAACUGUCUCUCUGUAGCUCAGUUGGUUAGAGCUCAACAACUAUCUCUCUGUAGCUCAGUUGGUUAGGGCGCUGCACUGGAAUCGCAGGGCCGUAGGUUCGAUUAGGAGUUCAAGCUGUAUCUUGCAUCGGCUCUCAGCUUUGUUUUUUCACUGGUGAAUAUGUAGAGUACCAGGGUGUUAGCCAGAAAAAAGGUUUUGUCCGUUAAACGUAAAUUGGGAAAGUUUUUUUGACCGAUCAAAGUCCUUGUGUUUGAAUAAAUAGUGUUUUUUCCAACGUGUUUCUCCUUAGAUGCAAACAACGGUAGCUUGGUUUUGUACAUUCCAUUUCCGGUGAAUAAACACUGAAAAAUGCACCCGAUGGCACUUCGUUUUGUAUAUUUCGUUUCCGGUGAAUGAACACGGAUGCACACCGAUUACACUUUGUUUUGUACAUUUCAUUUCAGUGAAUACACAUCCAAUAUGAAUGAAACGCGAUACAUUUUGAGAAAAUAGUUAAUGGGAAAAAGUAAAUAAAACGCUCUUUAGACCCAGUUGGGAAAGCCCCUUAGCUACUUCAAUUGGGAAGAGUCCGUCAAACUGACAGUAUAUCGGCUAGCUAACACCCUGAGUGCAUGUUCUGAUUCGCUUUCUUUUCGUUAUCAGUAAACAAAGAAAGUGAUGAAUGUAUUACGGACCUUUCGAACCAUUUGCCACGUAAGUAGCUACUAACUUGUUUUGAAUGCGCAUCGUAAUUGUCGCGUUUAGAAAAUUGAAAUGCUUGGUUAUCUCUGUUCCAUUCUAUGUUUGUACUUAUCAGAAACAUGUAAGUUAUCAAAAAAUGUAAAUUGAGUGGCAACAAGCAUAAACACUGGACGGUACAUGUAUAACGUUUUCAGUAUGCCUAUAUUACAGUAUGCAAUAUUAAUUUUGUAGGCUCUGAGGCAGGCACAAAUUAUGACGUCGACAUGCUGGAUGACUUAGAAGGUACAGAAUAUGAACUAUUUGUGGGCCUCGGCGCUGACGGACUUCGGUGACUCUCGCAGCGAACUCAUGACGCUUAUGUGAAAAGAGUCAGUCAACGCUCUGCCAAAAGUCGUGGGUUUUCUUCGUGAACUCGGGUUUUCUCCCACAGGGAAAGUUGACAGGGUGGGUUGGGAUUACCCUCCUAACUAACUGACCCUUCCAUCGUAGCUGUACUCCGUGAUCAGACAUGAGUCAUAAGGUGGCUGCCAGAGGCGUCCUUAGAAAGCCUUCGACUGGAUCAGGUUGAGCUGCGUCCUUCGUAAUUCAACUCAGCUCUCAGCUGCAAGUAAGGAUGAUUAUCAGACACCCAUAUUUACGAUGAAAUUGGGGCUCAACAUAAUCGGGGCCAUGAAUGAUGGUGAACGGCAUUACCUUAUUACGAAUUUUAUGCGAAUAUCACAGGAAAAAAUUUUAAUUUCCAUUAUUGGGUUUUUGAAUGUAAAAACUGAAUUCUUACCAUCGUUGGUGAAUACAGAUUACCCAUAGAUGUUAAAUUACCCUUUCUCACGAAGGCCAAAAUCCGCCAGUUUUGGGGUACUGUCUGUCCUCAUGAAAGAUUCUAGACAAUUAGCCUUUCUCACGACGCCAUUUUUGGGUGGCUUUUCAGCCGAAGUCCGCGAGAUAAGUCCACAUAACAGCGACUUUUUAUAAUUUUUUGGACGAAUAAUGGUAAAUUUGCUUUGUGAAUGGUUAGCUUAUUUUGAAAAAUUGCUUUUCACAUUGUUUUAAUUGUCUGCAUUGGUUAACGAGAAUUAGAUGCCACCCAAAAAUGGCGGAUAUUCGUCAGCGUGAGAAAGGCUAAUUGAGACAACGUGAAAAACGACUUUUAAAAGUUGCUACUGUAUAAAUUUACCAUUAUACUGUACAACUGCAAUCCUAAAAAAAUGUAUUUCGUGGUGCGGAGACUCACAAAGGUAGUUCCCCCAAAAUUGAGGAAAAAUCGGCCGUUCAUGAGAAAGGCUAAUUGGUAAAAAGCAUGCUGUUUAAUAUUUACCAUUAAUGGUAUUUUCCUGUGCACAGUUUUUACAUUGAAAAACCCAUCGAUGGAAAUUUAAAUUUUUUCCUGCGUAUAAUCCCGGACGUGUUUCGUAUUUCUAAAACAACCGUGUAUUCUCUUCUGUUCCAGCUGAGCUUCAGAAUAUUAGAAAUCAAUUAUGUCGCCAUAGUGGAAAAACAGUCCGGGAGGAACUUCCCUUGGGUCUGUCAAACGAUAACGAAGGUCGACGGAGCGGUAUGUAUAGUUGUCUGUGCGUGCCUGCAGUACUACUUUGUCGUUUCCCAUAAACCAUGAUAUUUUGUGUUCAUAUUUUUUCUAGAACUGAUUUUGCUCAAAUGUAUGCGACAUAUACAGUUUAUUAAAGGUAUUGGUCCUUGGUAUUACACUCUAGUCCCAGUAAAUGCAGUCAAUUAACAACAGAUUUCUGUUUCAGAUGAAAUGACCAGUUUCAAAGAACUUGUUUCUUCUCGAAGUUACACUAUCACAGGUACAAACACCACAACGACUUAUCUGGACAAAUGGAAAAAAGGACCACGGGGGUGGUCAUUAUCGUGUUGUUAUCAUGAAUCUUAACUCCCUUGCUUUCUAAAAUUGAGCUGUUCCAUUACACCCCCCCCCCCCCAAGGUUGUUACUAGACUCCUGAAGAAUUUCUGUCAUAAAAGAGAUCUCCUAAAUAAUCCCUGUUGAUAUAGUGUAGCAUUUCACUGCUGAAGAAAUCACCCUACCGUGAAGAAUUUAUGUUCCUCGAUAGGGGGUACGAAAUAAAAAAUAAAUAAUCUACUUGAUUUGCCUUAGGCUUAUAUGUAUAUCAAAAUAUUACGUGGUAUUUUUGUGUAGCUUUAGCUGAUGGGCAAUCUGAUCCAGGAGAACAAACCAUCAAUGAACUUCGAGGUAAGAACAUAGAUUACAACAAACUGAGCGACAACCGGCUCUGUUCAUAUAAUGCGAAAUAGAAAAAAACUAUUAUUGUCAUACAAAGUCCUCUACACUAAUGCGCCCAUCGCAUUAGCAAUCGUUUCAAUAAUCAGGC